AUGCCCGCAGGAAAGUGCUGCAAGCACCAAGCGCCAAGUGGUUUAGGCAUGGGCGCUGCUGAUCAGAAAGCCAAGCGGCAGGACGUGCGGGUGCUCAAAGAAGCUGUGAAUUGUGCUGUGGAACGCGAGAAUGGUCUCCGUGGGGGCAAGAAGGGAGGGGCUGUCACAUACUUCUGCAAGAGCCAUGGCCCAUCAAAGGGUUGUUUCAAGAUCGACAAGGACCGCGCAGCAUGGGUUCAGGGGCGCGAGAAGAUGCGGAGGAGUGCAGAUUCUGCCUGUCACCAAUGGGGGCAGCAUCAGAAGUGGGCGAGGUCAUGGACGGCGACAGCAGAGCCCGCAUGCGCUGACCGCAACGCCCACGACAGCCCCCCUGAAACGAACCCCCAUGCGACCGUUAGCAAGUCAGAGUCGGAGUGCGGUCUUGGCGCAGCCCGCCUUCAGCAUGCCGCGAAUGACGAGGUGCAGCCCGGGCAGCUUCUCGUCCACCGCGCAGAGGGCCUGUGCGCGCUGUCAAGCGGGAGCACCAGUUUGGGGUUCAGCCCGCUGCCACUAAGAGCGUGCUGGAUCACAAGGCACUGCGUCCACGAAGCGCGCAAUGCGGACGAGCCUUCUGCCGCUGCCUCGACCCAUCCCACUCUGGACCCCUCAGAGUGCGAGCGCUCCGCCGCUAGCUCGAUCGGUGACGAGGCGCAGUGCGUGCAACGCCCCGCACGGGAGGGCCUCUGCGUGCCGUCAUCUGCGAUCCAGCCGGGGCGGCUUCUUGCCACGAGCAGCCGUCGUUCGGUACUCGGCAGAUUGCAAGGAACAAUGUGCACUGACCGCGACGCCCACAACAUGCGCCACGAGGUCGACAGCCUCCCCACAACCGCCACAGCCAGCCCCCGUGCGACCAGUGACAACUCCGAGUCGGAGUGCUGUCUUCGCGCAGGCCGCCAUCAGAGUGCCGCCAGCAUGGUCACCGACAAGGCGCAGCUCUGGCAGCGCUGAACGGGAGGGACAGUGCGUGCUGUCGAGCCGGAGCGCCAGGGUUGGAGCUCAGGCGUCGAGACAGCCCACUGCCACAAGCAGCCAUCAUCCGUUGUCGGUGAGGAGCGGACUGCAAGGUGAGCCUUCUCCACGAUCCCCGGCCGUCUGGUUGCGGCAAAGUCCUCUUCUCGAUCAGUCGAGAGUUCUUGGCUCAACCUAGGGGAAUAUCAUGGGAAGUGGGGUCGUUCUUCUCAACAACAUGGAGCUCGUGAAGAACCUUACGGGCGUUUCUCCUGUACUUACUACAACUUUCCGGGUCUGGCCGGGCUGCCCAUCAAGCACACAGUCUGGCCGUACCAAGAAAGGCUGUAUUGUUCUUUAAGAAUCUACUGGGCGUUUCCUGGUACAUCCUGGGGGGUAUGGCCGGGUUCAACCUGCGGGGUAUGGCCGGGUGCAUUUCGGGGGGCAUGGCCGGGCUGGCCCAUCAAGCGCAGGGUACGACCAUCCGGCGCACAAUGAGAGUGUACCAAGAAAUGCUGUAUUACUUUCUAAAGAAUCUAAUGGGCCUUUCUGGUACAUCCUGCAGGGCAUGGCCGGGCCCUUCGAAACGGUGUCCGCCUCUGCAGCGCCGCGAGCGUUUACUUUGUAAGGAUCGCAGUGUCUACUUUGUAAGAUUCCGUUUACAUUGUAAGAUUCCGGGUGUCUGCAGGACCGCUGGUAUCGUGGCAGGACUCUCGACGCUCACCUUCUACCAUUCUGCUCGCGC